AUGCAAGCGUCGCCAUCCAAAGCCCGUGCUCAAGCCAUUGCCUCACACUCCUGGUCAGUCGUCCAGUCAUGGCUCGCGAGGCUCUAUCAUCCAUCACCCGUGCCGGCUUUCGAACGCAAUGCCACGACGCUCAAAGCCUUGCAGAGCCUCAUGGCGGAAAAUAUCGCCGCAGACCGAGAGCGUGAGCUACUGUUUGAUGCAAAAGCUGAAGAACUAGCAGCUGACGAGGAGGUGACACGUCUACAACAACAUCAACGAGAGACGGGUGAUGAUGAGAACAGUGCGAGUUCAAUUCUUUCCUUGCUCGAGACCUCGCUCGCGCCGCCUUCACAAGCAGCUCUUUAUUCCCUCGCCAGCUCUGUCGUCCUCUUAGGCUGUCUCUCUCCGCCGCCGCCGCUUUCCUCGUCCCCAUCAUCUCCGACCCCUGGUGUCCUUCAAAUUCUCACAUCUCAAAUCGUCAACAUCCCUCGCCAAACCUUCGCCCAAGAAUCCCAGCUCUCAUCCAUCGAAACGCUCACGGCUACUCUCCAGAACCAAAUCGCUCAGACCCAACAAGCUCUCGCUGCCUUCGUCGAGAGGACUCCGACGUCAGCUCGUCCACAGGACGAUACAACCUCGCCGUCAUUUCCGCCGACGACGCCUUCCUCUACUCCACCACCGCUGACGACAGUGACGAUGACAACGACUGCUCCCACCACCAUGGAUUAUUCGCAUCUCCAUGGCCUCACGCUCCAACACCAACGCGAGACGAAACAACUGACACUCAAAUCUGCCGAGUACAGAUCGCGGAUCGCCGUGUUGGAGCGGCAGCAGCAGCUCGCAUCAUCCGCGCUGGAGGACGAGCCCAACCUCACAACCCUCGCCGCAAAGCAAAGCUCCCUGGGCCGCAAGAAGAAGCAGAUCGAGGCGCUGGAAGGCCGCAUCAGGCACUUCUACGGUCUGCCCCCGGACAUUGACACGUCGCGCGCGGAGGUGCAGAGGGCACAGGCAGAGCUGGACCGUCUGAGGAGACGGAGAGACGAGUUGUUUGAGGCCAUCUAG